CCGCUUCCUCUCGGCCAGUUCGGGUUUUGGUUGGAUCUGCUUGUUGCCGGGAGGGAGGGCGAAAAUUGUUUGCUGCUUAGAAGCUCCGCACAUGCAAAGGAAAACUGAGCACCCCAGAGACUCUCAUCCCCAAGUUUCCGCUCUGGUCCAGCCUUAUCUCUCCAUCUGCCACUCCAGCCUGGAGGCGCCUGCCUCCACCCUCCCGAAUGGUGCUUCCCUUCGCAGGCCUUGGCCCAGGAUCCAGGCCCCCUUUGCCCCCUGCUUUCGAGCUGUUUCUCCUGGUCUCUCUUGGUGGACUCCCUGCAGUGGGGAAGAAAGAACUCUUGCACAGACAAGGUUUUAGUUUGAGGGAUUCCACUGGCAGUUUGACUAUCAGUUUGACUUGGUUAUUGACUCAAUAACCAAGUGUGAGGUUCUUUCAGUGCCUCUUUUUUUUCCCCUACAUUUUUGAGAAGAGAAAUUCUUCUCUUUCCUAUCCAAAGCCCAGGAAACCUCAGGCUUGGGCCCUGGUCCCAGCAUGUCAGUCUUCUCUUGUUCCUAAUGGCUCUGCCCUCUCCCAGUCAUCAUGGCUGAGUUCAGACAGGUUCCAGGGGGACGGGAGACCCCACAGGGGGAACUAAAGCCAGAGGUUGUAGAGGAUGAAGUCCCUAGGAGCCCAGUCGCAGAGGAGCCUGGAGGAGGUGGAAGCAGCAGUAGUGAGUCCAAAUUGUCCCCAAGAGAGGAGGAAGAAUUGGAUCCUAGAAUACAGGAGGAGUUGGAACACCUGAACCAGGCCAGCGAGGAGAUCAAUCAGGUGGAGCUACAGCUAGAUGAAGCCAGAACCACCUAUCGUAAGAUCCUACAGGAGUCAGCCAGGAAGCUGAACACACAGGGCUCCCACUUGGGGAGCUGUAUUGAGAAGGCUCGACCCUACUAUGAGGCCCGGCGGCUGGCCAAGGAGGCCCAGCAGGAGACGCAGAAAGCUGCACUGCGAUAUGAGCGGGCCGUGAGCAUGCAUAAUGCUGCCCGGGAGAUGGUGUUUGUGGCCGAACAGGGUGUCAUGGCUGACAAGAACCGAUUAGACCCCACAUGGCAAGAGAUGCUCAACCAUGCUACCUGCAAGGUGAAUGAGGCAGAGGAGGAGCGGCUUCGAGGAGAGCGGGAGCAUCAGCGAGUGACCCGGCUGUGUCAACAGGCCGAGGCUCGAGUCCAGUCCCUGCAGAAGACACUCCGACGAGCCAUUGGCAAGAGCCGCCCCUACUUCGAGCUCAAGGCCCAGUUCAGCCAAAUCCUGGAGGAGCACAAGGCCAAGGUGACAGAGCUGGAGCAGCAGGUAGCACAGGCCAAGACUCGCUACUCAGUUGCCCUGCGCAACCUGGAGCAGAUCAGUGAGCAGAUCCACGCCCGGCGCCGGGGCCUGCCUCCCCAUCCUCCAGGCGCACGGAGGUCCUCCCCUGUGGGAGCUGAGGCUGGACCUGAGGGUGUUGAGGAUGGGGACAGUGGGAUUGAAGGGGCUGAGGGUGGGGGCCUAGAAGAGGGCAGCAGCCUAGGGCCUGGCCCCACCCCUGACAUGGACACGUUGAGCCUGCUGAGUUUGCGCACUGUGGCCUCUGACCUGCAGAAGUGUGACUCUGUGGAGCACUUAAGAGGCCUCUCAGACCAUGCUAGUCUCGAUGGCCAGGAGCUAGGACCACAGAGCCGAGGCCGCCAGGGCAGUGACGGAGGAGGCCGAGGGAGUCGUCACCAGCGCAGUGUCAGCCUGUAGCUAGCUCCAUGGCCAGGACUAGUGACGUUACCCUCCCAUAACAUGGGCAAAUAGGGCCCCACAGGCUUCUGAAUCCUGCACCUCUGGGGUCCUGUCUUCCCCCACGGUCCUGUCUGCGUGCUUCUCUGGGAGAGGUCAGCUUUGUCUCAGUGCUCUGUGUUGGCCUUGUUUUCCUCAGUCUCUCCCUCUCAUGCUUCCAUCAGGAGGCAGCUCUCUCUUUGCCUUACUCAUCCAGAAGGCUUGUUCUCUGGCCUGCUAGUCUCCCUUUCUCUGUGUUUCUUUUUUUAUUGGGUAACUCUUUCUGUUUGAGUUCCAUCUGUCUGACUUUUCCCCUCAGGGAACUUGAUAUAGAAGACACAGGAAGCUCACCUGAGAAGAUGAGUACUCUAACCUGACUGGAUGGACAGGCUUCUCACCUGUUGCUCCCUGGCCCUGGCCAUACCCCAAGGCAGCUCCCCAGGGUGCCCUAGGUAUGCUGCUGAGUCCUGGCAACUGUGGACCUCAUCCUCCUUCCCUAGCCUUUCCUGCCUGUAAUCUGCUAGAUGGACUGUGUGCCUCUGGAAGACAUGCUCUUGUCCAUGCUCCCCUUUAUGGCCCAAGCCUUUGUUAGCAGUUCUCUACUGCAGAACUUAUGGCAUGCCAGGUCGGUGGGGUGUGGGGAGGACCAACCUCACUGGCAACACAGGGAGCACCAUCAAGCCUCAACUGUUUCCCCUGCUGGGCUGAGCCCAUCCCAUUGCCUAGGUGCUAGUGAGCCCUUCAUAGGGCCCAUGUGGGGGUUAGAGAUGUGGACAGAUCCUGAAGACCAAGACUUGCCAUUCCUGUCCCUGUACUUUUUCUUUUCUUUUUCUGGGUAGAUGCAGAAUUAUGUCAGUACCCUCUUACCAUGUGGCAUUAGGGAAUUUGGUGCUCAAAUGCUCUUUCUUGCUCUUUCCCCAAACAACACCCACUCCAGGAUCACUUGGGGAAUGCUUAAGCAUAGCCACCAAGGUUCUCGGGUCUCCUUCCCACUGUGCGGGACAAGAUUUUUCCUGGGUGGAGGGAGUCUCAGCCCUUAGAGUGCAGCUCAGUACCUGGCGGUGGGUACAGGUGUGAGGAAGCAUCCCAUCUUCUGUCACCCCAGACGUCUAGCCCUGGCCUGGAGCUGUGUGUUAACUAAUACUCUAGCAUCUGGGUGAGGAGCGGGCCUCGCCUUUAGCACAGGUGUCUCUCAUUUCAGGUUGAAGUAAGAUGGCCACAAUGAGAAUCUCUGGGGUUUGAUGUGGCUGUGGAUGGAGAGGAGAAAGGAAGGGUGUGUGUGUGUGUGUGUGCAUGUAAGGGUCCUGGUUUUAUUUAAAUAUAAAUAAAAUAGUUUAUGUAACAGUAAUGUUUACUGUCCCUGUUAGAGAAAGAGAAAAGGGCAAAGAUGAGGUCGGGGGGAAAAUGAGAUAAGGGACUCGACACUGUGGCCAGGGAGAAGUGGACCAGAUGGUGCAAGCUCCAUACUGGGUGAAGAAAUGAGGGGUGAAGUGCUUUCUUUGUGCCAGUUACACACACAACAAGUGUAGACAGGCCUGAGAGUACUCCGGGCUGUGCUGUAGAUUUAGUGGAUAUCCUGAGAGGGCGUGGUGCAGUUGGCACUGCAGGGGCAGUGAGCACUGUUUAAGCCAACAGCUGAGUGCCAGCCAGUGAGACCUGGCAUGAGAGAAGGGGAGGGAUAAAAGUAGGAGCACUGGAUUUAUCAAAUAAACAGUGUACCCGUUUAAACUCAGAUUUCAAGUAGACAGUGGCUUUUGUCUCAUGUAGUAAUUGGGGCAUACUUUAAAUAUUAAGUUCUCCAUUGUGCAUCUGAAGUUCAAAUUUAACCCAUGGAAGACAACUCCUGAGCUGGAGUGUGGCUAGUUGUAGUGUGGGAGGGGCUCAGGAUGAAUCCACUGGCGGUAGAUGCUGUGAAACAUCUGCUGGCAUCAGAUUGGGAAGGAAUGUGAACUUGGGAGCCUCACAGGUGAAAACCAAAGGGCUUUUGUUGAACCUGAGCCACACCUGCAGUGUGCUUGCCUUUAGAUCUGGGUAAGUGGGGUCAGCCAAGGAAAGGAGAAUGCACAGCCAAGGAUGAAGGUAGUUUGGAGGCCAAUAAGGGACAGACUGAAGGCCAAGAGUUAGAGAGGCAUAGGCAGAGCCGUGUUCCCAGUGACAGCAUAUAGCAGGGGCCAGAAUGAACUGAACAUCCACUAUGUGCCCUUUGACAGGUUCUGCCCACCAGACCUUUGAGACCACCUUUCCUGCCAUGAGUGAUGGAUGCUGAAGUAUUUCCCAUAAUUACUAGAGAAGCUGCUGAGAGGGCUAAGUGCCUGGCCCAAGUAGCAUGCCUGAGGCUCAAGAGUUCAGACCCCAAUACCAUACUCAAAGUAGAAAGGCUGCUAUGAAAGUGCAUGGCUUAUAUCUUUGGGUGAAUGGACUUUAAAAAAACAAACAAAAAAAAGCACUAGUGAUACAAGAUCUAGAAGUAUAGUUCAAGUUGUAGAGUGCCCGCCUAGCAGGUAUAAAUCCCUUAGUUCAAAACCUACUCCUUGCUCCCCUUGCCAAAGGAGUGGUAUUUAAAGUGGGCAAUAUGGUGUCUUGCUAAGCAUAAUAAAACAACUAUAAUGAAUAUUGGCAUAUUCAUCUUUUUGAGUUAAGAACACCUAAUAUCUCUCUUAGCAGACUUGGAAUAUCUAAUGGCAGGCAGGACAUGGCAGGCUCCUGGCCCAGAGGAACCCUAGAAAAAGACUGGGCUCUGCCCAGGAAGCUUCUUGCAGAAUCAUCUCCCAGAUAUGGCAAAUGUAGAGAAGGACCAGGAAAGUUGGAACAAAUUCUGAACCCUCCAAGUAUAAUGCAGCAAAAAUGCUUUUCUCACAGUAACAAGUAACAGAGAUUUGUACUCACCUGGUGCAUCUCAGACCAAGAAAACACACUUCUUUGUGUAUUCAUUUCUCCGUUUUAUUUACCAUAUCACCUUGAGUGGCCGUGAGUUUUUCUGUGCUGUGGCCUGUCUUUGAGAAGCUAGGGUGGGGCCUAUGUGUAGUACCUGCCUUGAACCUUAUAGUUAGUGAUAGUGCUUUUGUUUUUUGUUCCUUCCCCAACACAGCCUAUACCACUAUACUUUACUGGCAGUGUUUAGGAGAUCAAGAUGCACAGUCCCUGAUCACAUAUUUAUGUCUCCAGAGAAAGUCUCAAAUUUCUCCAUAUUUCCAUUUUAUCACCUAAAAAUGGAAUCAUAUAGUUAUGUGUAGCAUGAUAUUACAUCAACGGAUGUAAGCCACGUCAUUCUUGUUACCAGCUACAGCAUUAGAAUGCUUGACCGGGAGCCCUGACCUAUCUUGUACUAGACAAGGAAACUAUUAAAAGGUUGCAUUUCCUUA